UUUUUUUGUGAUUAUAACGGUUUCAUAUUUCUCGAGCAACACGCGCUAAUAUAAUAAAAAAAUAGUUAAACGAAGUAAUUAAAUGGAAUACAUUAGAAGAUUUUUAGAGAAAAUAAAUAUAUUAUAGUUAAAGCUAAACAUAAAAGUGCAUAUUCCAAACAAAGUUAACAAAUAUUGCAAAACUAUGUGAAAAACAUUCCACAACACGGCCAUUUUGAAAUGUUUGCAAAAAAAGUUUAUGUGUAAAUUUCGUAAGUCUCAACAAUAAUGGAUUGUACUACUACUAUAAAGGAUUUGGAACGCUUGGAAGAGCAAAUCUUUUACUAUAAACCCUCCCUUAAGUCUACGGAGCAGAGACAAAAUGUAAGUAAUAGUCUGCGCAAUCAGUUAAUAGAGUCUAAAGCCGUGGUCCGAAUUCAACGUAUGGAUGCAGAAUGUGAGAGUUUAAUGAUAAGUCUGAAGCAGAGACUAAUGUUAUUACAAGAUAUUUUAAUGCCCAAGGACAAGGAACUGCAAUUGUCACGCCACCAAAAUGAAUUAAAAGACAAUGAGGAAGUAAAGUUAAAUUUAUCUUCCGACUCCAGUGAUGAUGACGAAACAUUGAGUAAUAUAAUGGCUAAACAAAGACAAACAGAGAUACAAAAAAUAGGAAUAGCUAAAAAGGGUAAAAUGAAAUCAAUUGAAACGCAGCUGGCUGAUACUUCGGAACAUAGUGAUUCAUUUUUACCGCUGGCAUUGCGCCGGAAACCUAGAGAAAGAAAACUAAGCUAUAAAAGUUUCAGUAGCUCAGCUUCUACCUCACAUUCGCACAACAAACGCACUACCAAAUUACAUAAUAAACAGGAACACACGGUCACUACCUCGGGGGUGGCAUUUCAUAGUGAAGAAAUGUUAUUGGAACAGGAAGAAGUGGAUACAACACCUACGUUGCAUAUAAAAAUUCCCUCUUUACAUCGUGGUAAUGUUCAUUAUAUUAUUUUAGAUAGUUUGAAUUUUGCCCGUAAAGUUUUCGAUUAUCGGGCCAAUGAAAUUAAACAACAGCAGCAGAAAGCUUCCAUUACUCAUACGGCCACCAAAUCAACAAAAUCACGUAAAAAACAGGUGAAAUCUCUGCCCUCCACGGUUGUCGAGCAAUUGACACAUCAAGAACAGGAAUUGGAAUUGUCACAGCUGAUACAAGAUGUUAUGGCUGAAGCUUGCAAUGAUGAGACUCUUCAGGCCACCAAUGCUUUGGAAAAUAUUAACAAUAAUAUUAUAGACAAUUAUGAUCCUAUAGGAAAUGAUAAUUUCGUGAACUACUCACAGUCUUCACAAGAGUUAACGUUUUCCCAAAAUUCAAAUAUUAUAGUUGAUACUGUCUGUAGUACUAGUAGUUCACAAAAAAAGCCGCGUAAAAAUUCUAAACGUACAAACGAACAGCAACAGCCAAAUGAUGAACCUCCCAAAAAAAGAGGACGUAAACCGAAAAAGAAAAACGCUUCUGAUGAUCUACAACCACAACCACCCACUAAGAGUAAUUUGGCUAAAUAUGUAGAGUUUUUUGCUAACGAUUGUGAGCUGUUGCCAGGUUCAACUACCCCAGCCGCUUCAUCAACCCGUUCACAGCCUUUAGUUUCUUCAACUACCCAUAAUUUUGAAGUUAUUGAUCAACUUGCACCACAACAGCAACAACAUGAACAACAAAAUUCUCAACAGCAGCAGCAGCCUAUAACGUAUUAUAUUGAUGGUGAUUGGGCUAAUGGUGGUCCUUGUCAAUUGGUUGCUACCAAUGGUAUGUCGGUUGAUACCAGACAGCUAAAUCAGGACGAUAUGAAUGCUCCUUUUCAGGAUUUUGUAAAUUACAUUGACAAUAGUAGCGACUCUGGUAAUAAUGUUAUUGCCCGGGUUCUAGAGAAUAACAACAGCUUGCCCAUAUCAAUACCACUGCCCAUAGCAAAUCUAGGACUUCAAAAUAAAAAUCUACCUCAAGCACCUCCUACACGUCCAAUACAACAAACCAUACAAACUUCAUAUGUACCCGUUAUAAAUAUACAAAUUCCCAAUUUACCAAAUAAUAUUAUUAGUCCAACUGGACCACCACCAGCUCACACCCAUAAAGAUGUUUUAGAUCUUAGUAUUAAACCAAAGCCCAACAACAAUAUUAUCUCUAGCGAGGUAUUAAAUCUUAAUCAAACAUCUAAUAACUUGGAGAAUUCUUGCUUAGUCGAAGAGGAUGAUUGUAUGCCAUUGGAUUUAUCAGCAAAAAGUACAAAUGCCAAGAAACAAAUUACCGAAAAUAAUCAUGUUACUAUUGAUAAGCAAGAUGAGGAUUUUAUACGUCGUCUUAUAGAACAAAAUGAUUUUGAAUACUCUACGGAGGCAAUGAAAAAGGGUGCUGUGGAUGUUCCAACAUUAUCUUAUGAUCAUGAUAAUAGUAAAUCGUUUAAAGCGGCUUUGGAUAUGCCAUUAUUGGAUUUUGAUGCAACCGAUUUGGCACAGUUGGUGGAAAAUACAACAGCAGCAAGUAGUAAAGAAGCGGAAAACUUAACAGAUAAACUCAUUUACAAUAAUUCCACAAAUAACGAAGAUUCCAAUUAUGUCACCAUGUCAGCGGUAAACUCAUCUAUAGAAACUAACUUACACUUUUCAGAUCAAUCAACUACAGAAAUUUUCAAUAAGUUAUUAGAUAUCUGUCCAGAUAAUCAAUUUUUAGAUAAUAUAAGCAGUGGAUUUAUUUCGAAUGAUAAUUUAAAUGAAAGUGUAUUUGAUCACUGUAGAGUAGAAAAUUCAACAAUGUAUGAAUCAUCAAAUCAAAAGCAAAACAACAUUUGUGAUACAACCUCACAAAAGGAUAAUCAAGAUACAGAAAAUAGUACUUCAAUCGAUGAACCUUCUUCAUCUACUUCUACUUCUUUAGCCGUUCAAAUCGAUAGUUCUAAUAAAACUUCUUCUAUAGAUUUAAAUAUUUCAAUGUCUUCUGAUAUGUCAGUUAAUUUUAAAUUGUCCGAUAAUGAUGAUCCUCAAAAGUUAAAUGAUGCUAAAAUAGAUAAAUCUAUAAAUUUAAACAAAAGUGAAAACGAAAAAGUUUCCAUAGAUCCAAACCCAACUGCUACGGAAGUUGAGUUACAAAAUACAGAAAAAACCAUAGAAAAUAAUAAAAAUGAAAAGUAUUUACAAAAUUCGCAAAAUAAUAAUUUAAAUAAACAUGAAAUUUUUAAAGCAGAACAGCAAGUUAAAGUUAACAAAAAAGAGCAAUGUUCUGCUGGUUCCGAAAGUACUAAUUCAGAAAAAGGUGACAAAUCUGAAACUAAUGAAAUAUCUAAUAAAAACAAACAAGUGAUAAAUGAUAAAAGUUUACCAACUAGCCAAGACAAUAAUGACAACACUAAAGAUAACAGCUUUGUAACAGGAAUAGUUGAAUCUGCUCCAGAAAAUGUUGACGAUAAAUGUUUGUCUAAAACAUGUAAACUUAAUAUUGAUGAACAAAAUACUACAGAUGUUGCAAAUACUAAGAAAGUAGCAAAUAAAAGUACAAAAGAUGCAAACGAUAAAUGUUUAUCUAAUAACAAUAAAACUCUGCUGCACUCUUCUCAUCAUCAAACGAAAACUAAACCCAAAGAGAAUAUUGUAUUUUCGGUAGCAAAGAUAACUUUAACCGAAGAUGAUAUUUUGUAUAGUACCGAUAGUAGUGAUACCGCUAGUGGGAAAUCAUGUGAUGUUAAUGAUGGGAAAGCAAUGGAUAUUGACAACGAGAUAAAGGAAUCACAAGAUUUAAACAAUAAAAAAGAAAAUACUGCUCAAGAAAAUGAAGAUGAAGAUACGGCAACUAAAAAACUAAACCAAGGGAAGGAAAAUAAUAAUACAAACUCCAAGGAAGCUGUGUGCAUAGAUAAUGCAACGAUAAAUUCUCCUAGUUAUAGCAAUGAAAUAAUAAAUCUUAGUGUUAGUGUUGAAAGCAACAACAAAACAACUGCCUUAGACGGAGAUGCAGAAAUGAAAGAUCUAACAAUUGCAAAUAGAGAAAAUAAAGUAAUAGAUAAAGAACCUAAAUAUACCGACAACGAAAAUGAACAUUCCAAUGAUUCCGUUAUAAGCUGUUAUUACAAUGAUGAUUCUAUCCUGUUAGCCAAUGAAACGAAAAAUAACGAAAAAUCUUGUAAUGAAGUCAUGAAUUUAAGUGUUUCUUUUAAAAAUACUAAUGAAAGUAGUGAGGAAGUUGUUUUAAAUAUCCACAAUACCGAUGAUGAGGAUGAUGUUUUAUUGAAUGCAGAGAAUGAAACGACGGAUAUGGAGAAACAAAUUGAAAAAGAUAAAUCUGAGGAGAAAAAGGACAAAGUCGUUGAAUUUGAUAUAAAUCAAGAAAAUUUAACACUUUUAGAAUUGGAAUCUAAAUUGGAAGGUUCUUUAGAUUUUGAUGAGGACUUGGAUGAUGCUCUUUCAUUGGCUACUUCGUGUUUUGACUCUCCAAAUGAUGAUCGGUUUGAGGAUUCAAUUGUUGAUAUAGAUGAUACUACAUCAACCAGUACUCCAAAACCAGCAGCACAGGAAACACAAAAUAAUGAAAAAACUAAUCCUACUCAACCAACCAAAGAUUUAAAACAUUUCAAAAUACCAAAACUAAAUAUAACAACGACAACAAUUUCAAAAGUUUCCGAAAAUGAACCACCACAAACAAAACAAAAUACCACUUUAGCAACAAAUACUUUGCCAAAAAUACAACUACUAACAAAUAUGGAAAAACUAACUAGAACGGUUAAAAAUGAUUUAAUACAAUCUAAAGAAAAUCCUAACGAAACUAAUUUAAUACCAAAUCUUGAACCUGCAACAACUACAUCAGCUAUAGUAGAAUUAAUAUCUAAAGUCUUUGGUAUAACCUGUUUGCCUUAUUUGGUUGACAAAUGUUUUGCCAUAACACAUUGUCAAUUAUCCCAUCAAUUCCACGAUAGUGAUACGGUUUAUCAAUGUCUAAAUACUUUAGACAAACUCACGGUGAACUUGGCCUAUCGCAUUCUCUAUAAUCAUUCCAAACUUUUUAUAAUAUAUUUCAAAGUAUUUUGUGCUUAUUACGCCGCUAAAAAUGAUCGCUCGAAAUUGCUGAAUAUGGUAAAUGAUUGUGAACGUUAUCCUGAGUAUGGGGAGUAUAUAAUUGACAUCUAUGAGUCAUUAGUUAAAUGUGGUUUCAGUCGUGUUAAUGCCUGCCGUCAAAUAUUAAAACGUAUACGUGAAUUGACCACGGCCACGACCAUUAUAGAAGUGCUGGUCGCCAUAAUAAUGAAAUCAGAUUGGACUAUGUUUACGGAUUUUAUAGAGAAAUACACGCAAGAAAUGUAUAAAUAUAAUUUUCGUAUUGGUACUUUAGAACAAAUGGCUCAGGCAGUGUUAAAUAGCAAAGGACCACAUCUAAAGCAGGUCUUUGGAAAAUGUGUACAAACUUUACAUUGUGAUGAUACGGGCCUCUUGCUUAAUUCUCCCAGUCUUAUACAAUGUGUGGCUCUACUAACCACCACCGCUGCCACCAGUAACACAUAAUAAUCCGGUGAAAAACUCAAAGCAAAACUAUUUUUACUUUUUUAAAUUUUUUUAUGCCAUUAAGACGACCGAGCCAAGAGAUGAACAAACAAACGACGACGAAUUACCUUAUGGAAAGGUAUUUAUUUAAUUAAUAAUAAUUAUUAUUUUUUUUAAUUUGU